AUGAAGAUGUUUGUCAUCUUCUUGGUUUUCUUGAACUAUGCUCCGUUCAUCUCAAACACAGAGACUCACAGCCUGAUGUACAUCUACACGGGGCUGUCGCAAGGGGCGCUGCGGCUGCCGGGCGCGCGGGAGUUCACCGCCAUGGGCGUGCUGGACGGUCAGGUCAUCGACUACUACGACAGCGGGGUCGAGAAGAAGGUCCCCAAGCAGGCGUGGAUGGAAAGUCAGAUGAGUGCCAACUACUGGAAGCAGGGCAGCCUGUCCAGGAGGAGCAAGCAGGAGUGGUUCAGGGUCAACGUGGACAUCCUGCUCCAACGCAUGGGACACAACCGCUCGGACGUGCACGUCCUCCAGUGGCGGCACGGCUGCCGCGGUGACCUGCGGCCCGACGGAGCGGUGGCCUUCCGCGGCGGCGUGGACUCCUACAGCUACGACGGCUCGGACUUCCUGUCCUUCCACCACGAGCGCUCCGAGUGGGUGGCGACGGCGGCGGCCGCGCAAGAGACCAAAAGGAAGUGGGACGAUGUGCCCAACCUCAAGGAUUACACCCGCGCGUACCUGGACAAAGAGUGCGUCACCUGGAUGAGCCGCUUUCUGGGCUACCGGAGCGACCGGGCGCGGCCUCCGCCGCCGCCGUCCGUCGUCAUGUUCGCUAAAAAGACGCGCUCCGAGAGCGGCACGGCGCUGCUGAGUUGCCACGCCAGCGGCUUCCCCUUCAAGGACGUCAGUCUGGAGAUCCGGCGCGACGGACGCACGCUGCUUGCGGAGGACGGCGUGGCGUCCACGGGCGUGCGACCCAACCAUGACUGGACCUUCCAAAGGCGGGACGGCGUGGAGGUUCUCCAAACGGACCGCGCCCGCUUCACCUGCGUUCUACGACAUCCGCCGUCCGGCCUUCGCGUGGAAACGCUUUGGGACGGCGAGGUUUGUGGCCGGUCCGCCGUGACCGUGGCCACGGCGGCGGGUCUGGGCGCGACGGCGCUCCUGGUCGCCGUUUCGGUCGCCGUGCUGGUGUGGCGCCGCUGCAAGAAAGACAGCCUGACGGGAUCGGGCCGGAUUUCCGACUCUUCUCUCUCCUCCGAUUCAGGCGUGGGGUCUGCGGAGAACGGCGCCGAGGUGAGAAUGUCGACGGUAACGGACGCCGACGAUCCGCGACUAACAAUUUCCGCUCCUCCGCAGCACGCGGAAAAGCUGUUGACCGCCGAAUGA